AACAAGAUGAGCGCAUACCUGUCGGUAAGAUCAAACAAACCAAAGCAGGUGCCCGAUCGAUCGAAGGUGUAACCAAACUAACACACCGUCUGAUCAAGUAUCGGCUAACACUCUUGGUGAAAUAGCUAUUUCUCUUACAACCCUCUUCUUCUAUUGAUAAAACACCACACAUGACGUCACUUGUUGAAUAUUCAUCAGAUAAAGAAGGAUUGUUUUACGUUUAGUUGUCGAGCUUAGUCUUUGGACGAUAAAAGUCUAGAGUGUAGCGGCGAGGAGGUGUUGUAAGUUAAGGUUUGAGAUAAGCUAGCUUGCGGUGUGGACGUGUUCAGUGAUCAUGGAGUAAAAGAAGUGGCGGUUGACACUAUCGACAUAUUGGGAUGACGAACGUUGACCGAAUAAUAUCGGCGGCCCGGGACGGCUAUCUUGAUUUGUUACAAUCAGGAACUAAAAGGGAUUUAAAUUCCAUCGAUGAAGAUGGUAGAUCGGCGACAUUGUGGGCAGCCAAUAAUGGAAACCUGGAAGCACUGCGGUUAAUAGUAGGCCGAGGGGGUGAUAUCGAGAAAGCAGAUUAUCUAGGAUCUACAGCACUCCAUCUGGCGGCCAGGGGCGGUCACUUGGAUGUAGUGUGUUUUCUGGUGAAUUGGGGAUGCAACCUUUACGCCAUGGACAAUGAUCAACAUACAGCAUUAGAUAUAGCAGAACUGGUGGAUAAACCCGAUAUAGUCAAAUUUUUAGAUAACGCCAUAGCUCAACAAAUGAGAAAAAACCCAAAGAAAGUCCUCAAAUUAAAAGAAGACGCCAUCAGGGCAUCAGACAAGAACCGGAAGUUGUACGAACGUCUUCAGGAGGAAGCUAGACGGAAAGCGGAGAAAGACCAAAGACGCAGAGAAGCGGAGACUAAUAACGAGUUUCGACCUCCAGGAAAACAGUCUUUUAUAAAAACAUUAACCAUGAGAAUCAAAGGUAACACGUACAAAGGAAAACAAGGUAGUGUAAGAAAUCUAAAUUAUUCCAAUAUGGCCGGCGUUGCCAAAAAAGUCUCACAAAGGAAAUCAACAACGUCGACUGAAGAUGGAUUUAAAGUGAGUGAAAUGGAUGAUAGUGGCAACAGAACAGUCCGGUCAUUGAAAGGUGACCAAGGUAUCCGGGGGAAGUCAUCGGAAGUUAUGUACAUGACCAAUCGCGAGCACCCUGGUGCUGACGGGUCCUCCAACCGACCAGCAUUACAUAACGUGUUCGGAGUGAAACCAGGUGCAGCGUGGAAAUCCAAAAGUGAGUCCGAUCUUUUGUUCGAUUCGGGGGUUGAGGAUAGCGCAUAUAGUGACCCAGAUGAAGAUCGUGACGGGCCCGGGUUAUUUAAUAGACCAGGGUUCGGCAACACGGCUUUUCUUGGCAACAGCGCGUUCAUAAAUACCAUGAUGCAUUCUUUUGAGACAGGUAGUGAACCAGUUCUAAAUGGCAACACAGAUUUGGAUGACAUAGAUUCGAAUAACUUCGCGCAUGGUGAGCGACAUAAACACUCUGAAAUGAAUUAUCUCCCUUGGGAUCAAGACGAGGUAGAAAAUCUGGACGAUGACGAAGACGAGACGGAAUAUUCAGCUUUAGAAACCUUUUUAGUUGCUUCCGGAUUACAUAGUUACAUCCCUUACUUCACGCGAGAAGAAAUAGAUUUAGAUAUCCUCAUGAAAUUAACGGACAAUGAAUUAAAAGAACUUGGCUUACAAUUCGGUCCAAGGAAAAAGCUCCAAGAGGCCAUUAGCCGACGUAAACAAUACAUGGAGGCACCACGGUGUAUCUCGGAUUCCUACUUAUAGAGUAUCUGUGAUUGAACUAAAUGCGAAUAGAUGAUAAAAUUUAACAAAGAUAUAAUAUUUUUAUUUUUUAUAAACAAUAUAUAAAUCAUAUGCAAUUAAUACUGUGAAUAUGUAUGUGACCGAUGAACAGAUAAUUUAUAAAUAUAUUGUAUUAUUAUUAAUAUUAUUAUAGAUGAUAAACACGACACUGAUAAGAUUUCUACUGAUUUUACAAAUUUAAACAUAAAUAUGUAAUUUAUUU